CCCUCCCUCCCUUGCAGUGCCUCCCUCUCCCCAGGAGGGAGUCGUAGAGGGGCUGCGGGCGCCUGGCCAGAGCGGUUCAGGCUGCUCUCCGCCACGCUUCUGCCCCCCGAGCGCCAGUAGCGGCGGGAGGGGGACCCCUGCAGUUGGCAGCUCGGAGAGGGAGAAGGGCUGAGGGAAGAGCGUGCGCUCCUCGGCGGCCCCCGCUGACUGUCAGCGCUGCUCCUCCCCUCCAACCUGUUCCCCUCGCCGCUGCUGCUGCUACCGCCGCCGCCGCCGCCGCUGCCGCCGCUACCUCCUUUGGAGCCAGUCUGCACUCUGGAGGGCUUCCCCUCCAGACAUGGAUUUGCUCCUGGGACUGGUGCUCGCGUCUUCGCUCUACCUGGAGGCUGCGUCGGAGUUCGACGGGAGGUGGCCCAGGCAAAUUGUGUCCUCCAUUGGAUUGUGCCGUUAUGGUGGUAGGAUUGAUUGCUGCUGGGGCUGGGCCCGCCAGUCAUGGGGACAGUGUCAGCCUUUCUACGUCUUAAGGCAGAGAAUAGCCAGGAUAAGGUGCCAACUCAAAGCUGUAUGCCAACCCAGAUGCAAGCAUGGUGAAUGUAUAGGCCCGAACAAGUGCAAGUGCCACCCUGGAUACUCAGGAAAAACCUGCAAUCAAGAUGACCACCUCUAUCCAACCCCUCUUGACCAGCGCAGUGAACAGCCUUACGUCCACCCCCUGGAUCUUCAUGCAACGAAUUUACCUUCAAGGGACUUAAAUGAAUGCGGUCUCAAGCCCAGACCCUGCAAGCAUCGUUGCAUGAAUACUUAUGGCAGCUACAAGUGCUACUGUCUAAAUGGGUACAUGCUUAUGCCGGAUGGAUCUUGUUCAAGUGCCCUGUCAUGCUCUAUGGCAAACUGUCAGUAUGGCUGUGAUGUGAUGAAAGGGGAUGUGCGCUGCCGAUGUCCUUCCCCAGGCUUACAGCUGGGGCCAGAUGGGAGAACCUGUGUGGAUGUGGAUGAAUGUGCAACAGGGAGAGCCUCGUGCCCCAGAUUUAGGCAAUGUGUGAACACUUUUGGAAGCUACAUCUGCAAGUGCCAUAAAGGCUUUGACCUCAUGUAUAUUGGAGGCAAAUACCAGUGUCAUGACAUAGAUGAAUGCUCUCUUGGUCAGUACCAGUGCAGCAGCUUUGCCCGAUGUUACAACGUACAUGGAUCGUACAAGUGUAAAUGUAGGGAUGGCUACCGGGGAGAUGGAAUGAACUGCAUAUAUAUUCCAAAGGUUAUGAUUGAACCUUCGGGACCAAUUCAUAUAUCAAAGGGAAAUGGAACUUUCCCAAAGGGUAAUGGAGGACAUAUUAAUAAAAUUCCCGAUAUUGCGAGUACUGCAUGGCCUCAAAGGACACCACACAUUCCCAUUAUUCACACUGAGAGGCCAACUCCUAAGCCACUGAGACCUACACCAAAGCCAACAACACAAUCUCCACCAACCACAACGGAGCUGAUUACUGUCCGGAUGACGCCGCCACCACCACCAACAGCUGUGGCAACACAAAGACCAAGCCCCAAGCCAUCAACAAUGGCGCCUUCCUUGUCAACCAAAGUACCAAUUGAAAGUACAUCUCCAAGAGGAAUGACAGUUGACAACAGAAUACCGAUAGAUCCUCAGAAACCCAGAGGAGAUGUGUUCAUUCCUCGCCAGCCAGGAGUGAACAAUGACCUGUUUGAAAUAUUUGAAAUUGAAAGAGGGAUCAGUGCAGAUGAUGAAGCCAAAGAUGAUCCAGGUGUUCUGAUACACAGCUGUAACUUUGACCAUGGUCUUUGUGGAUGGAUCAGGGAAAAAGAUGACGAUUUACACUGGGAACCAGUCAGAGAUCCAGCAGGUGGACAGUAUUUGACCAUCUCAGCACCCAAAGGUCCAGGUGGAAAAGCAGCUCGCUUAGUGCUACCUCUUGGCCACCUCAUGAACUCAGGCGACUUGUGUUUGUCAUUCAAGCACAAGGUAUCUGGGCUUCACUCUGGCACACUCCAGGUGUUCAUGAGAAAGCAUGGUACCCACGGAGCAGCCCUGUGGGGAAGAAAUGGUGGCCAUGGCUGGAGGCAAACACAGAUCACUCUGCGGGGUUCAGCUAUCAAGAGUGUCAUCUUCAAAGGUGAAAAAAGGCAUGCCCACGCCGGGGAGAUUGGAUUGGACGAUGUGAGCUUGAAAAAAGGUCGUUGCUCUGAAGAACCCUAGCUCCACCAACACUGGCAAUGGACAUCUGCUUGGCUCCCUCUCCUCCUUCCUAUGUCUUUUUCCAUCAGGCUGAGAAGACUUGGGUCAAGGAGCUAGUGGUGAUCCACUUAUUGUUGGCCUGCUUUGUGCAAUUCCCAAUGAAGAGUAAAACCCUCCUUUCCAUAAAGAACCCUGAUGAUAGCCAUCAGGCAAAACCUCCACCCCCUUCAUUCAUUGUCUCUUCUGGUGCUGCAGUGUACGUAUGACAAAUCACAUCCUUCAACAUGGAUCUCAGAUGCCUCUGCAAAUAAAGGAAGAGGAGUAUAUUUUGGUGGGGAGUUUUCUAAAAAACAAACAAAAACCUCCCAUUCAAGAGGGCAUCCUGGUAACUGUCCAUUGUACCAAAUGUAAUAACCAUUUCACAUGUGAUACAGUGUACCUGUGGAAAUGGUUUGUCCUAAUUUAACUAAGCUCUACCCUGGACCCAAACUCUGGCUGUCUACUUACUGCCAUUUUUUUUAAAGAAAGAAGGAUGUGUACUAUGUCAAAUUACAUUUAUUCUUAUGCUGUAUCCAUUUUUUUUUUAAAAAGACAAUUAUAUAGAGUAGCAUUGCAUCCCUUUAAUAUCAGUAGGUUUGUGUUUUCUGUAAAUGUGCUAUUGAUAUUAUAUAUUUAUGUGUUCCUAAUAUUUACAGACUCUAGCUGUAAGGCAAAAAGCAGCUUGUGAUCUCUUGAGCUUAAAAAAAUGCAUCAUGUGAAAUCUCAUCCUUUUUUGUGACCCUGUGUUGUAGGCCAGAUAUAAAUUGUAAAUAUCAUCUCACUCUGACAGGAUAAGGCAUUGUUGUGAGCUAAAUACAUAUUUUUAUAUCAUAACUGUCUUAACUCUGAUUAAUCUAGACACAGUAACUUACAAAGUCCUAUCACCAUCUGAGAUUAAAUGAAUCCCAAUUUACAUUUACCCCCACCCUAUUUCAACCUAAGAAUAAAAAUAAAUGCCUCUUAAAGGCAACAAUACUUCCUAAUAAAUAAUGGGGUUUUGCCCCAGUUUUCUGCAACUUACAGGCCAUAUUGAUGUUGACAGGAUUCCCCAGUAUAGUCUGAAGGAGAUCAAAAUGUAAUUGGAAAAUAUUUCCCAAAAUAAAUAAAAAUGCAAUAGAACAUAGAUAAUGUUAAUAUGUGGUUUUCUAAGUCAAUCUGAAGCCUACAAGGAUCCUUACAUACAGGUUUGGUGGCCAUGUUCUAUUUGAGUUUGGCAUCACUUAGCUAGACAAUUUUGAUUAGAAUCAGGGCCUCCCUUCCCGCUAAGGGUAGCAAAGCAUUGCUUCAUAGUACACAAGUACAUUUCUGGAAUCUUAUAAAUGGGAAAAUCCAUAGGAACAUAGAUCUAGAAUGGACCUAGCAGCUCAUCUAGUCAAACUCCCCUUUUUAGAGAUGAAGAAACUAAGGCCCAGAGAGAUUCACAGGGUCAUAGAUCACAAAUCUCUAGCUGAAAAUGAACUCAAAAGCCAUCUGGUCCACUCACCCCAUUUUAUAAAUGAGGAAACUGAGGCACAGGGAGGUUCAAUGAAUUGUUCAAGAUCCUACAAGUCUGCCACAAGUAAAUGGUUGCAAGAUUUGAACCCAGGUCCUUGGAUUCUAGAACCAUGCUUUUCCUGGUGCGUCACACUAGCUCUCAGGAACAUGUUGACAUCCUUCACUGAUUGGAGCCAUAGUUUCAAAGCCAAAUAUGGUGACCAACAGCUGUUUGCUAUAGUCCUAUGUCUCUCUCUUGAGGAAUCGCUAAAACUUCUUACCAGAAGGGCACGAAGGGAGUCUGUUGGAUCAGUAUUUAAAGCAUUACUUAUAUAUAUAUAUAUAUAUAUAUAUUUUUUUUUUUUUGUGAGGCAAUUGGGGUUAAGUGACUUGCCCAGGGUCACACAGCUAGUAAGUGUUAAGUGUUGAGUGUCUGAGGUCGGAUUUGAACUCAGGUACUCCUGACUCCAGGGCCGGUGCUCUAUCCACUGCGCCAUCUAGCUGCCCCGCAUUACUUAUAUUUUAAUAAUUUUUUUAAAAUGUUGCCUUGUAAUUUAUAUUCAGGAGUAUCUGAUUAAGAUAUAGAGAAAGCUGGAGGGUAUGUGAGAUGUGAAUUGGGAUUUAUGUGAACAUUACAGCUCAUAGGCAGCCACUUGCAAGGUCUAUCACCAUUUCAGACUAAAUGAAUCCCAAUUUAUAUUUACUCUCAACCCAUUUCAACUUAAGUAUAAACAGAAAUGCCUCCUAAAGGCAACAAUACUUCCUUGAUUUUUAUUUAUUUAUGCCUAGACAAUAAAAAAAAAUCGUUCCUACAAUUUUGCCAGGAAUCACAAACACAAAACAAGAAGACUGGGAGAGAAAGGUCUAUGAUGAAAUAUUUAAAGAACUGGGAGAAUAAAAGAUUUUGGAGCAAACCAAUGUUGAUUUUCAAGCCUAUGAAGCUUGGUUACACAGAGAAUGAUGAUCUUCUGUCAUCUGCAUAUAUACAAUGAAGAUAACAAGAGGAAACAAGUUUAGACAUCAGUGUAAAAGGGAAUUUCCCAACUGGAAAAAUUGUUAAAUUAGAAUUGUUUACUGAAGGAAGCGGGACUGGGGACUUUCUCCAAAAAGCUUUGAAAACAUGAUUGCUCUUUUUGUCUGGUUGGGAUGUAUAGCCCUACAACUAGAUAGAUUAAAAAAACACCACUAAAUAAUCUCCCCAAACACCUUCCUGCCCAAAGAUGGCUUUAUCAAGGUCAACCAAUGUGAUUUUGACUAGGGAGCUUCUUUGCUCUUGUCCCAAUUUGAUAUUUCCAUAUAUCCCAUUGAUCUGUGUAGAUAUUCUCCUCCCCAAGGCAGAUGGCAGCUCAUCCUAUCUUCAGGCCCUACCAACUAUAGGUCAAAUAAUGGUUGAUAGCAAGGAAAUAACAAAUAUUAAAUCUGGAAAGGACGUCGGAGACCCACAAGCCCAACCACCUUAUCUUGUCAAUGAGGACACUGAGGCCAAGAGAGUUUAAAGAACUAUGGUUAAGUGGCUUAGAGGCAGGAUUUGAAUCUAGGUCCUCUGACUCCAAGGCCAGUGCUUUUUCCACUGUAUUAUGUCUGCCAAAUGCCAAGAUUCCAAUAGAUGCCUUUCAUUCCAUGGUAUCCCUAACACUACUAGAUACUUUCCUUACACAACAUAAACAUGAUAUAGGCUUAUCAUGUGUUAGAUGGUGUACAAUGAGGGAAUUUCACUUUUUUUUAUCCUCUGGUCAGGUUUAGACUGAGCAUAGAACGAGAAAAUGUCAGGGAAAUUCUACUCAUGGAAACGGCAGGAACCUCUCAGGAGACUAAGGUCGGGUUCUUGGGCAAAAGGCUAAGCAUUUCAGUGUCAGGGGCCUUUGUCCCCUUCAUAGCCCAGUCCAGUUUUUCACUUAUUCAAAUAGCAACAUUUCUGGAAACAGUGUAAACCACUGAAUGUCUCAUCAUUUAUUAGGAAAGAAGGAAAGGUGUGAGGUGAGAAAUAAAACGUCCUGAGGUCCAUAUAAAUGAAGGGACAGGAAACACGACCUUGGACUUAAUACAUAUAAAACACUUAGAUCAUUUGCUUCCCUUCUGGCCAAAUAACUGCACAGGGAAAAAUAGAAGGAGAAAAUUUAAAAAUCCACUUGUAGGUGCCAAUAAGAUAUUGCACUAAACGAAUGGAAGAAGUUAUCAAAAGUACUGUAUAACAUCUUAGUGGUUUAUUAUUUAAUGUUUUCUAAAAUUAAAAAGUUAAUGGUUUUCCAUAA